AUGCCCAGUCGUGGUCGUAGCUCCAGGCCAAAACGUGUCUGGGCCGUUGAAUUGGCACUUUCACCGGCUGGCCCGCGACCAGAACACUGCCAAGCAGAUGAGACGCCAAUAUUCAAACCGGAGUGGUUCAGUGGUGUUACGAAGAUCGAGGCAGGCUCCGAUGAAGACAAGGAGGCCCCGAACGGGCAAGAUUUUGAGGAGACACUGGAGCAGGCCCUGCAGCGACCCGGUCAUUACCGGGUGUAUAUUCCCGUUGGCCAUCGACACCCGUACCCCUCCCUCCUUGUGAAAGGCUCCAUUUGUCGAAACAUCAUGUUACUCCAUUCCCAGAGCCUCACACCAACUCAAAUUUCGAAGAAACGCGGUACUUCGGAGGUUCUUGGCCAGUACUCGGUUGCAGAAGUCAAGGAAAUCAUCGACAUUUGUGAGCUCUUAGGCCUCGACGGCAAAGCACCAUUAGGCUCAGAACUUGAAGACUGGGAAAACUCGUCAAUUGAGGGAUGGUGGGAGGAGAGUUAUUGCGAGGGAUUGAGAAGACGUGAACCGAUUGGGCGUGAAAUUGCCGGGUACGAUUGGAUUGGGCUCAAUGGCCAGAGGCAGAGAUUGGUCCUCAAAGCUGAUGCGUGGAUCUGCGCGUCAGCUCUUUGGUACUUUAAAAGAAAAGGAGAAACAACGGCGGCAGCGGCAGCGGCAGCAGCAAAAGGAGGCCAAACGAGAGACUUACAGUCGGCCUUGGACAAGUUCAGCAGCAGCAACGUGGGGACAGGUGCACUGCUCGGUGCUGUCAUCUCACAUCCACCCCUGACCAGUGACCGGUGGUUCCACCCUGAAGUGGCUGUACCACGUGAGAGAUUCCUCACGUCGCACAAUAUCAGGCUUUAG